GGGGCGGGGCGGGCGGCCACGUGCUGCGGCGGAGAAGGAGCAAGAGGACGAUGGCGGCCAAGAAGAAGGGCCGGGCGCGCUGGGGCCCCUCCCCCUCGUCCCCGUCCCCGUCCUCCCCGGGCCCCUCGUCCUCGUCCUCCCCCUGCCCCUCCCCCUCGCCCUCCCCCCUGCUGGCCGUCGCCGCCUGCGCCCAGGAAGGAGACGAGCGCGUCCCCCGGGCCUUCCGAAGCUUCCACGUCCGGCUGGGCCUCGACUACGUGAAACGGGCCGACCUGCCCGUGGGCCGGCCAGUGCUGAUCACCACCGCGCCGGGGAGGCAGGAGGUGUGCGUGGCCUGGCCGGUGGCCGGCUUCCCCGCCGGAAAGAUCGGACUCAGCGAGGCCCAGCGGGACGGUCUGCGCGUCAAGCCGGAGGAGCGCGUCGGCGUGCGGCCCCUCACGGGGCCCGUCCUCCCGGCCCACGAGGUCCGGCUGGAGCUCAGGGACGAAGAUGCGGACGUGAACCCGGAGGAGCUGAGGAGCUGUCUUCUGAGGAAACUGGAUGGCAAGGUGGUAUCGCCCGGCUGGCCCCUGCACCUGGCUUUCUACGGCCGGACGUGCGUCCUGAAGGUCACGCGGGUCAGGGGGGCCGACGGGGCCGUGCUGGAGGGGGCGACGCCGGAGACCCCCUCCCCCGAGGCGCUGGACCUGUCUCUGCCCCUGGGUCGGCUGGACCUGAGCGACCUCGGGGGGGCCGCGUCCCCGGGCCCGCUCCCGGGGACCCCCUCCGGGCCCGCGGGGGCGGACGGUCUCGGCCCGCCCCCGGGCAGCCCCGCGCCGGCCGGGGAGGACGGUCCGGGCCGGGCGCUCGGGUCGGGGUCGGCUCUGACCGACAGCCCGGCCACCGCGCCCGGCCCCGGAUGGUCCGCGGCGGACGGCCCGGCCACCGCGCCCGGCCCCGGAUCGUCCGCGACGGACGGCCCGGCCUGCGGGCCCGGCCCCGGAUCGUCCGCGACGGACGGCCCGGCCUGCGGGCCCGGCCCCGGACCGUCCGCGACGGGCGGUCCGGCCACCGUGCCCGCCCCCGGAUCGGCCCCGGCGGCCGGCCCGGCCGGCGGGCCCGACCCCGGCCCGGCGGCCGAGGAACCGCUGGGCGCCCUGGACCCCUCAGACACCUUCUACUGCCUGACGGCGGGCACCAGGCUGGUGCUGGAGCGGUGCCCGGACGGCGGGGCCGGGCCGCCCCCCGUCACCUACGACUCCAUCGGAGGCCUGGGCCGCCAGCUGCAGGAGAUCCGGGAGCUCGUCGAACUCCCCCUGCGGCAGCCAGAGCUCUUCCGUCGCUUCGGCAUCCCCCCUCCGAGAGGCGUGCUGCUCUACGGCCCCCCCGGAACGGGGAAGACCAUGAUCGCCAGAGCGCUGGCCUCGCAGGCCGGGGCCCACAUGGCCGUCAUCAACGGGCCGGAAAUCAUCAGCAGGUUCUACGGGGAGACCGAAGCCAGACUGCGACAGAUAUUCGCCGAAGCGACGCUCCGGAGUCCGUCCAUCGUGUUCAUCGACGAGCUGGACGCCCUCUGUCCCAAGAGAGAAAAGGCGCAGAACGAAGUGGAGAAGAGAGUGGUGGCCUCGCUCCUCACGCUGAUGGACGGGAUCGGCUCCGAGGGGAGCCUGGGCCGCGUGCUGGUCCUCGGGGCCACCAACCGUCCGCAGGCCCUGGACCCGGCCCUGCGCCGGCCGGGCCGCUUCGACAAGGAGCUGGAGAUCGGGGUCCCCUCGGCGCCGGCCCGGCUGGACAUCCUGCAGAAGCUGCUGCGGCCCGUCCCCCACACCCUGACCCCGGACCAGCUGACCCGUCUGGCGGACGCCGCCCACGGCUACGUGGGAGCCGACCUCAAGGCCCUCUGCGACCAAGCAGGCUUGCGGGCCCUGCGUCGGGCGCUGUGGGAGGCGCCGGACAUCCCGGACCGGGACCUGGCCGGCUCCGUGCGCGUGACCUUCGGCGACUUCCAGCGGGGGAUGCGGGACGUGAGGCCCAGCGCUAUGCGCGAGGUGGCCGUGGACGUGCCCAAGGUGUCCUGGGCGGACGUAGGCGGGCUGGCGGACGUCAAAGUGAAGCUGCGGCAGGCGGUGGAGUGGCCGCUGAAGCACCCGGAGGCCUUCGCCACCAUGGGCAUCGAGCCCCCCAAGGGCAUCCUCCUCUACGGACCCCCGGGCUGCUGCAAGACCAUGAUCGCCAAGGCCCUGGCCAACGAGAGCCGCCUCAACUUCCUGGUGGUCAAGGGUCCCGAGCUGAUGAGCAAAUACGUGGGCGAAUCGGAGCGGGCCGUCAGAGAGAUCUUCAGGAAGGCCCGAGCCGUGGCUCCCGCCAUCGUCUUCUUCGACGAGCUGGACGCCUUGGCCGUCGAACGGGGCAGCUCUUCGGGGGCCGGCAACGUGGCAGACCGUGUGGUGGCCCAGCUGCUGACGGAGAUGGACGGCGUGGAGCGACUAACCGGCGUCACCGUCCUGGCGGCCACCAACCGUCCGGACCGGAUCGAUAAGGCCCUGCUCCGCCCCGGGCGGAUCGACCGGAUCAUCUACGUGCCUCUGCCCGACGCGGGCACCCGGCGGGAGGUGCUGGCCCUGCAGCUGCGCUCCAUGCCCGUCGGGGGAGACGUCUGCCCCGACCACCUGCUGCAGCGCACCGACGGCUACUCGGGCGCCGAGAUCGCAGCUGUCUGCAGGGAGGCGGCCCUGCUGGCUCUCCAGGAAGACCUCCGGGCCCAGUCCAUCAUGAGGAGACACUUCGACCAGGCCCUGGACAUCGUGACGCCCCGGAUCCCCGCCUCGCUCAAGCAGUUUUACGCCGAUUACCAAAACACCUGUGGACUGCACGCCCUCUGAGCCCACGUCCUCUCCUCCACCCUGCCCGGCGGCGAGGAAUCCGCCCGGGACUGGCCGUCCGGGGGGCGCGGGACGGCGGCGUUGGCGUGGAGGAGAGGGUCAGACUGGACAAUAAAUAAAUAAAUAAAUAAA